AUGUCGCUGUUGGGAGACACCAUCAACCCGAAUCCUCUUGUCAUAAACUGGAUCCCCCCAGCACCUGACAAAUGGAACCUCACGACAGAGGCCUGCGCAGCAGCCACAAAUUGGACUGGCACCUACAUUACAGCAAUAUCCAUAUUUGAGUCGGAAGGAAAUCACCCUGUUCCUAUAUCUGUCUCUGUUGAGUAUUUGUACACAAUACUACCUUCUGAGUAUCGUCAAAACACCAGCAAUACUAGCCUUGCGGCAUGGUACUACAAUCAGCAUAAUGAGAACAUUGACGACCCGCAAUUCUAUAAUUUUUGGAAUGAUUUUGAAUGGAACUUUCCAGUCAAGAAUUGCUCGAAACAACUUUGUCAAAAGAUCGGCUGGAAGGAGGAUCCUGAUCUCGCCGGUGUCGGGAUGCUCAUCAGUUACUAUAUAGUCGCCAUCUUGACAACAAUUUACUACAUUCUUCUGCUUGCCCCUGAUCUAUACCAGGAGAAUGAGUCAGCAAAUGACCACCACGCCAUCACCUCGCUUCUCGCCUCCGGUAGCCAUGAAGAAAAGAAGCACAAGAAGGGCAAAGAGGAUCAAAGUUUACGCACUAGGAUCCUGAGAGCCUUCAGAAAGACCGUCAACAAAUUCCUUCUUGCGGAUCUCAUAUUCACUGUCGGUAUGCUGGGUGCUGCUCUAUGGCGCUUUCAUUCCGCCUCCCAUCACCAAGAAAUCCCAUACAGUACUUUCAAUAUGUUGGUUUCAUUCUUCAUGUCGUGUUUCUCUGUUCUUUCAUGUUUGGUUCUACAGGCCGUCGCGAAAGCAAAGACGACCGACCCUCAUGACCGGCACAUUUACAGAUGGAACCUGGCGCUGCCGUGGAUCGUUAUUAUUCCAAUGAUGGUCGCCCUCUUUGCCUUACAUCUCCGUGAUUACUUCAAAACCGUCGGAGACCCGAGUGACGAAAGUAUCAAGAGAAUCGUCGAAAGAGACUCCGAAUUCGGAGAAUGGGUUUGGUUAAACAUAUGCGACCCAUGGCAAACAAGAAAGAUUGUAGAGGUUGUGCUUUAUAUAGGCCUCGCUCUGCUAUGUAUUAAUGCUGUGUGGUUCUUUGUGGCUCUGAUGUAUAGAGUAUUCCGGCUCUGGAGACAAGAGCGGACCAAGCGUAAAGGGACUUCGAAUAUAAACAAAGGCGGCCGCGAAUGGGUGGCAAAGGCCUAUCGCUAUACACGGCGUUUUGACGGCGCUGGGUGUGGAGUGAUGAUGUGGGCAUUCCUCGUUUUGUUCCACAUUUACCGCAACUCAUCCCACGCGACCGCGGGUGACUCGGACGGUGGCUCCCAGGCCUGGAGCUUUGGUCAAAUCCUGGCACUGGCAGCCUGGGCACCUACUUUGGUUGACUUGUUCAACAGAAUCUGCCUGCAUCCUCUAGUCGACAAAUAUCAUGAUGAGAAACGGCAAAGGGAAAUGGAGUAUGGCAAGUCCAAGCUGUCCGGAGGUGACAGAUUUGCAACGGACCAGACUGUAUGA